AUGCCCCACACCUAUUUAUUAACAUAUUCGUCCAUUACACACAUUACAUUCCAAGAUCCUAAAAUCACCAUUAAUAAUAUCCGUUUAGCUAAAAAUUCCACUUUCAUAACAGCAAUUGAUGAAUAUCAACUUACACACGGUGUAUCUAAUUUCAUAAUAAUCACAGCACUUCAGCCACAACAAUAUGGGCACUAA